AUGAACAUCACAUUUUUCUUUGCUGCAUUGCUCUUACUGGAUUUCUUCAGUUGCAUUCAUGCUUAUCUGCAAUAUCCCUUGCCUGACAUAGAAGAUGCAAAGUUCAUUGAAGAUUGUGUGAGAGCUCACAACACAUUUCGAUCCAAAGUGAAUCCGCCAGCCAGCAAUAUGUUUCGCAUGUCCUGGGAUGCUGCUUUAGCUAAGAGUGCCAAAGCAUGGGCAAAGAAGUGCAAGUUUAAGCACAAUCCCUACCUUAAAAUGCCAGGAAAAAUGCACCCUACCUUUCGCUUUGUCGGAGAGAACAUCUGGACUGGCACAGCCUACAUCUUCUCCGUGGAGGCAGCCCUCAGGUCCUGGUUUAAUGAAGUCAGCACCUAUGAUUUCAGCACCAACACAUGUACUGACAUGUGUGGUCACUACACUCAGGUGGUCUGGGCAGAGAGCUACAAAGUUGGCUGUGCAGUUCAUUUCUGCAGUACAGUUGAAAAUUUUCCAGGACUAUUCAAAGCAGCACAUUUUGUUUGUGACUAUGGGCCAGCGGGGAAUUACCCAAGAAAACCAUAUAAAGAAGGACAACCAUGCAGUAGAUGCAGUAACGAGAAGUGUGUAGACAGGCUCUGUGAAAAUAAAGAACGUGAGAAGCUGAUAAGUUAUGCCAGCUGGUAUCCAGACUGGGAUACACAGCCCCAGCCACCGCAGCCCCGUCCCCCCAGGCCUCCCCUGCCAUCACACGUCCCACCUGCUGAGCAUCCACGACCCUCUUGUGACCAAUACUGCCUUAGUGUUUUAAUUUUAAGGCCACUGUUUCUUGUAUUGAGUGUUGGUGCUGUACUUCUAGUACAACAGCAAUUUCCACACACUUUUUUUUUAUAA